CGGCGGCGAGGAGGAGGAGGACGAGGAGGAGGCAGGGGGGACCCUCCCGCCUCAGCCGCGCUCGCCGCCCCGCUUCGGCGGGCUGUUGUGCGAGAGAGACAGACAGACUCACACACACACCCCGCGCCCCGUCCCGCCCCUCACCCCGCAGCCCCGGGAGGCCGGGCCGGGCGCGGUGCUGCCGCCGCCGCCGAUCGCGGCUCCCUCGGCCGGGCCGGCCCGAGCACCGCUGCCGUGUCCGCUGCCCGAGGAAGAGAAGGAGCAGGAGGCGGAGGGAAGCGCCCCGGCGGGCAGCGGCGCAGCCAUGAGCGGCGGAGAGGUGGUCUGCUCGGGCUGGCUCCGAAAGUCCCCGCCGGAGAAGAAGUUGAAACGCUACGCAUGGAAGAGAAGAUGGUUUGUGCUUCGGAGCGGCCGCUUAACCGGGGAUCCAGAUGUCUUGGAAUACUACAAAAACGACCAUGCCAAGAAGCCUAUCCGUAUUAUUGAUUUAAAUUUGUGUCAACAAGUGGAUGCUGGAUUAACGUUCAACAAAAAGGAGUUUGAAAACAGCUAUAUUUUUGAUAUCAACACUAUAGACCGAGUUUUCUAUUUGGUAGCAGACAGUGAGGAGGAGAUGAAUAAGUGGGUUCGAUGUAUCUGUGAUAUCUGUGGGUUCAACCCUACAGAUGAGGAUGCUGUGAAGCCGCCAGUUAGUUCUUUGCAACCAUCUGCUGAGUUACCCUUGCCCAUCAACACUUCACCACCUUCCAUGCAAGCAGAAUCUUCCCUUCCUUCUCCUUAUCGGCUUAUUAACAUCCCCCCUCUGGAGUCUUCCUCUGGUCAAGAAGAUCCUCAAGACUACUUACUGCUAAUAAACUGUCAAAGUAAAAAACCUGAACCUAUGAGCCAAGGGUCACCUUUUCUCUCAGAAGAAGGGCAGGAAUACCUGCUAUUAGAAGACUUUGAAAGUAAAAAGAUCCCACUGCAAUCUCAUGCUGACUCUGCAAAAUCCAGCUCUUCAGAAACAGACUGCAAUGAUAACCUGCCGUCCCACAAAAACCCUGCUCCAUCAGGGAGCAAGCAUGCUGUGAAUGGCUUCUUCCCACAGCAGGGCGUCUACGAUUCCCCACCUUCCCGAUCCACACUGAUGCUGGCAGACUCCAGCCUCUACAACCUGCCUAGGAGUUACUCCCAGGAUGUUUUGCCCAAGGCAGCAUCUCCAUCUGGGACUGAUGCCGAAGGAGAGCAACAUGUUUUCAAUACCCCAUCAGCAAUGUCAUUAGACGCACAGAUGAGGCACAUCUCCAUUAGCUAUGACAUUCCCCCCACACCCGGAGGUACUUAUCAGAUCCCACGAACUUUCCCAGAGGGAACAUUGUCUCAGACUUCAAAACUGGAGACUAUUCCAGACAUCCCUCCACCUCGGCCACCCAAACCUCACCAGGCAGCAGAUCGAUCUCCUGUGGAAACCUGUAGCAUCAGUCGUACUGCUUCAGACACUGACAGCAGUUACUGCAUCCCCGCCACAGGAGCGCCGCCCUCACGCAGUAAUACCAUUUCAACGGGAGAUUUGAAUGUCUUCCGGAAAGAAAUUAGUUCUCAAGACUGUUAUGAUAUUCCACGAACGUUUCCGAAUGACAGAUCUAAUUCAUUGGAGGGCUUCCAUAACCACUUUAAAAACAGAAGCAUGUUGACAGUGGGAAGUGUUUCAAGUGAAGAACUAGAUGAAAAUUAUGUCCCAAUGAAUCCCAACUCUCCUCCACGACAGCAUUCCAGCAGCUUCACUGAAUCCAUCCAGGAAACAAACUAUGUACCAAUGAUACCAGGCACGUUUGAUUUUCCAUUAUUUGGAAAGCAAGUCCCUCCUCCUGCUCACAUGGGUUUCAGGUCCAGCCCAAAGACCCCUCCCAGACGGUCAGUACCUGCUGCAGAAUGUGAGCCACCACCAGUGGAUCGGAACCUCAAACCAGACAGAAAAGGUCAAAGUCCUAAAAUUUUAAGACCUAAACCACAUGGUUUAGAGCGAACUGAUUCACAAACCAUAGGUGACUUUACUACAAGAAGAAAGGCAAAACCAGCUCCACUAGAAAUAAAACCUCUGCCUGAAUGGGAAGAAUUACAAGCUCCAGUUAGAUCUCCUAUCACCAGAAGCUUUGCAAGAGACUCCUCCAGGUUUCCCGUGUCUCCCAGACCGGAUUCAGUUCAUAGCACAACUUCCAGCAGUGACUCGCACGACAGUGAAGAGAAUUAUGUAUCCAUGAACCCAAAUCAGUCCACUGAAGACCCAAAUUUGUUUGGAAGCAACAGCCUUGAUGGAGGAAGCAGCCCUAUGGUAAAACCUAAAGGAGAUAAACAAGUGGAAUAUUUAGAUCUGGAUCUAGAUUCAGGAAAGUCUACCCCACCUCGUAAGAAAAAGAGCAGUGGCUCGGGAAGCAGCGUGGCAGACGAGAGGGUUGAUUACGUUGUGGUGGACCAGCAGAAAACGCUGGCCCUGAAGAGCACGCGGGAGGCGUGGACUGAUGGCAGACAGUCUACAGAGUCCGAUACACCCACAAAAAGCAUGAAGUGAAAACACUGCCUUGUCUUCAAGGAACAAAGUGAAUUUUGAAGAAUCACAGAACCACAGUGGCAGUGAUGUUUGGCUGUACAGUAUCUGAUUCUCCUGGGUGGGGAUCAGUUCCUCACUGAAUAGGACAGAAGCCAAAGGACACUUAGAAUAUAUCAAAGGAACUUUAAGAUCAUGAAUUUGCGCUGUGGUAUCUGGAAAAAUCACUGUAAAUAACUUGUAAAAUAAUAUCACUUAGCUUUCAGAAAGCCUUUUGUUCUGUAGUUAACACAUUUGUAGUAUUACUGUGUUUAUGCACUUUUUCAGUUACAAUGUUGGUUCAGGUAUUCCCAGUUAGUGUACCUUAAUGCCUAAUUCAUCUGGAGAAUUCUUUUUUCCUUACACUACUAUUCCUUACAAUUUUAGGUUAAUUAAGCUACAUAUAGCUACGGAAAUUAAUAUUUGAACUUCAUUUUAACAACUCAAAAUUGAUUUUGCAGAAAUACUUUCACAAUUGAAUAAUCUACUUGAAAUGCCAAGAGACAACCGUUAGUUACAAACUUGUUUAUAUUUAAUACACACAAGAUUAUUUGGAAGUCUACAGGUUACCUUCCUAACAAAAAAUUGCUGUGAGUUAAUAAUAAUGAACUGGUCUGGGUUUAGACCUAAAAUCCUGGCUUAUAUGUUAGUUGUUAGUGGUGGAACUUCUAUUGUAUUUUAUUGAUGACAGUGUUCUGUGUUCAAUGGGUGAAGAUUCUGCAGGGUAGGAUCUUACACUUUCAAAGACUGAAUAAUUAAAUGUCAAGUAAGCCUGCAAACCACUGAUGGCAUGCAGUAAUAUUGUGAUCUCACACUUAUUAACAAGAAAUAACCUUUAUAUUAUUUACAGAAGGUAGAGUAUAUAAAUCAGGUACGUACCAAGCACUGUUGUGCUAACACACUGAUCAGGUUUCGACAAUGAGCUUUAGUUUUGUACUGUUUAGAAGUUCUAAUGUCAGUUUUCAGUUCAAGAUUAAUGGGACAAUUUGACAUUCACUUUUUGUAGUACUAGCAAAAUACUGUGAUUUUGAAUUAGAUGUUAAUUCAAAUGGAAAUACUAUGUUUUAACACCAUAGUGCCCUUCUUAUGAGCUCUAUUUUACUUUAAUCUCCUGCUUGGCCUUAUAUUUAAAUCCCUAUGCAACUGAUAUUUUAUAUCUCUGUUUUUAAAAAUUAGAUAAUAUACCUAAAUGAUCCCCUUGUAAACCACUUGUUGCUCUUUCCUGGUACAGGAUUUUAAGCUCUGCAUACUGUGAUCUUUUAUUUUACUAUGCCAGUUCCAAAUAAUAAUCUGCCUUGGUUUAGAAACAUUUUUUUGUUAUUUGAAAGAAGAUAGAAUUCUUUAAAUGUGUGAAUGAGUUAGGUCUAGAUAGAAAACUUACUAACACUUUUGUUUCAUACAAAUGUCCUCAAGUAAGUGAUUGGUUUAAUUUUCCUGCCCAAUUGUUUUAUUUUGUCCAGAUCAUUUAAAAGUUGAGCAUAAAGCUGCAUUGUUUUCUGGCAUAUUGGCCUUCGUACUGUGCCUAAUCUACCAUCGGUUGUUUCUGUCCCCUCACAGCCACAAUCUACAGUAUGUAAAUUACCUUAUUCUUAACAAAGGUUCUUUUAAAAUUAGUAAUAUUUUGAUGCUUUGAAUGUUCAUUUUAAAAAAGAAACUAAACACAAUGCAUUUUGAGGUGAAUUUUAAAUAAAUCAAGUUGUUCAGUUUU